UUCGGGCGUUAUUACAUUCGAAGGCAACUACCUUCAAGCAAAAAGUUUAUAAAAUCAAAAUUAGCAAAAUAUUUAAAGUUUUAAAUUGUUUUAAUUGAUAAAACGAGUUAAUUGUUGUGUUUGCCCUAUUCAAACUGGUUAAUCGUGUUUUGCGUUUAUAAAAGCAACAAAUUUUAAAAAACUGUACAUUUUGACAGGUGACGUUACUGUUGUCAAUAUGCUGGAAGAAAAAAUACAAAAUAAUGAUUAAACCCCGUAAAAGAAGUGAAAUGUGAUUAAAAAAUCUGCAAGUUUUUGAUGCGUUUUUGUGGUUAAUUUAUCCAAUGUCUCCUUUUGUUGUUUUGUUUGUGUUUUCGCACCUAACCUUUAUUGUAACAACUAAUGAAGUGAUUUAUGUUAAUAACCGGCGUUUGCUGAAUGUGAUACCCCCUCAGAGUGACGGAAAAAAAGUGGAAGCUAGCAAAGCAGAAGAGCCUAAGGAUCAUGUAGAAACAGUGCACAUAAAAAAUGAAGCAAAGGUUGAACCCCAACCUGUCAAACCUCAGGAAGUACCUCCUGAACCAAAAAAACCGAGCAAAACACUCGAAAAAAAUGAAACGAAAGUUGAAGAUCACAAAGUUUUCAAACCAACGGAAAUGGAAUCGGGUGCCCUUUUGCGGGGUGUUUCCGUUGUGGUGAUUUUAACAGCUCUAGUAAUUGUUUACAUGGCCUUGAAGACUUAUUGCGGCAGUAAAAAAAGCAAACAACCUGUGAUGGUAAGCAAAUACGGUGUGAGGACACGGCGCAGUGACAUAGAGAUGACACCUCUUCCACUUGACGAGGACGAAGAAGACGAGACUUUGUUUGAUGUGCACAACACGAAUCGAUAAUUACAUAUUUCUUGUAAAUACCUAAUAUUUUUGUAUUAACUAACCUAUUAAAUAUUUUUUCCAAAGUGUUGUCUCUUGUCACCACACGAAAAGGUCGCAAUAAGCUUAUAUUUUGUAAAUUAGAAAUUUUGAAAAAAUUGGAUGGAAAAGACUCUAAAAUGUUUGUUUACGUUGGCACCCCUAAACGUCACCCUCUUGACACCUUUUAAAAAUGGCGUUAUGUCAGAAGUAGGCGUAACGUCAACCUAUUACCUAACAUUAGCAUUCUCAUUGAUUACUUCCUCUUGCGUGAUCGCAACUGUGUAUUUCGGUGGUCUCGAAUGUCAAAUGAGGGUGAAAUGGCGACGCAGGAAUCCGACCCUGCUAGCACCCUCCGGCGCCGCAAGUUGGUCGAGUGCGCCCAAGAAAAAAUCGAACAAGCCUCGGAACUGCUAAAAAAGAAGAUCCCGUGCGCCGGCCACUUCCUGGCCCCGAAGCGCCUCUGGUUGAAGCGAAUUUCGACGCCGAACUGCGAUGUUGUUGUUGUUUUCCCGCCCGGCGCCGAGGACUCGGUGUUGUUGUGGCUCCUGUCCAAGCUGAGACAGUCGCCGGGGCUUACGGUACACGUAAGACACCAUGCUUCCACCCAAAGCAGCGCAUUUUACCUCACGGCACCUCUCUCGAUUUUGCUCAAAGCUGCCGAAGAAUAUCAUCUUCCCAAAAUCUUAAAGGAGAGCAAGGGAGGUGGCUUGAAGGAGUUUCUAGUUCAGGACUUCCAGUCUUAUGAGGGAUCAGACGCUGAGGACCACUUUUUUACCACUGAGGAGAGACAGUGGCUGGUUUUGAGGCUUUUGGAGAGCAUAAGGGCCAAACCCAACGAUUCCCAGGCAAUUCCAGGGUUGACACUUCUCGAAGGACAGCCCAUUGUCCCCAAAUGUUUAACUUCUGGAAUAAUCUCGCAGGUAUUUCCCCUGCACGAACCCGCGGCUCUGGAACGCCUCCAGAACACGUGGGUCCGAGACUUUUGUGCCCGGCAGCCCCUAGACGAAAUAACCGAAUAUUUUGGGGUCAAAAUCGGGAUGUACUUUGCCUGGCUGGGUCAUUACACCACGGCUUUGAGCAUUCCGGCGAUUGUGGGAUUUUUCUUUUGGUUAUGUUGUAACGGCAAACACCAGACGCUGGAAGACGUGGGCUAUGUCCUGUUUUCAGUUUUCAACGUAGUUUGGGUCACGACUUACCUCCAAGCUUGGAAGCGUUAUUCGGCCGAGUUGGCCUUCAGGUGGGGCACUCUGGAUCAACGCGAUGACCUCCUAGCCGAGCCCCGCCCGCUGUUCAGGGUUGCGCGACAUGUUAUGAUAUGUUCCCAGGGACCUCUCCAGCCUAGUCCGGUGACCGGCCGCUUGGAGCCCUGGCACCCGACGUGGAAGAGACACGUUUUCAGAUAUUGCAUUUCGGUGCCGAUCAUUGUCAUUUGUUUAUCGACCGUUUUCUUCGUCAUGAUAGUUUCGUUGCAAAUUCAGGAUUGGUGGGACGGGUUGCUAAGUGCGAGAGGACUGCCCAUGUGGCUGGGGUACCUCCCCAAAAUCAUGUUGGCUGUCGUUAUCUCGCUAAUGGACGAGGCCUACUUCAAAAUAGCCAUCUGGCUCAACGAUAAAGAGAACUACCGUCUCGAGACCAAGUACGAAAACCACCUCAUCGGCAAAGUGGCCUUGUUUCAAUUUGUCAAUUCGUUCCUCUCAUUAUUUUACAUCGCAUUCUAUUUGCAAGAUCAGGCGCGCCUCAAAGAGCAAUUGGCCGCUUUACUGAUAUCUCGACAAGUGAUCGGUAAUCUAAAAGAAUCGGCCUUGCCUUACAUGCUUGAGCACUUGCGAUUGGCCAAAAUGAGUUUCGAUCUGUGGGGCGCUUUAAGUCCCCAAAACGCCAGACCGCCACCUGGCGAGGAAACCGAGAAAGUACCAGAAAUUAAAGAAGAACCGAGCACCGAACAAGCCAACAAACGGAGCAUGAGUCAAGCCGAACUCGAAAGUUCUUUAUACAAAUACGAUGGAACUUUCGCCGAUCAUUUGGAAAUGACAAUGCAGUUAGGAUAUGUCAUUUUGUUCUCGUCUGCCUUUCCUCCGGCUGCGGUUUGCGCGAUGUUGAAUAACUUGAUCGAAAUCAGGAGUGAUGCCUUCAAGCUGGCUUAUGUGUGCCAAAGGCCGUUUGGGCAAAGAGUGCCAAAUAUCGGCACGUGGCAGAAUUGUAUGGAAUAUAUGAGUAUAAUGGCGGUUUUGGUCAACUGCGCUCUGAUUGGUUUAUCGGGGCAAGUGCACCGAAUGUUUCCCGACAUGACUGCCACUCAGACAAUUCUGUUGAUUGUGGCCUUGGAGCAUAUCAUGCUUGUUAUUAGAUUCAUCAUCACGUGUGCCAUCCCGGACAUCCCCGGUUGGUUGGCCACCGAAAUGGCCAAAAUCGAGUGGGCUCGACGCGAAGCUAGCCGAUUGGCCAACACGUCGACGCCCUCACCCGAAGAGCUAUCGGCCAAGAUCGUCGGGAGAUUUUCAGUGUCGCCGAGCCACAGUCUGGUCGCCGGCAACGAAAACAAACUCGACAUUAAGUUGCGCGAGAUGAGCGAAACUUUGAAGGAAACGACACAUUCGCAAAAUGUCACACCGGUACCGACCCCCACUUCGCCAGCGCCGGGCACGGCCCAUUACAAACCCGUCUCCAUAACCCCCGAUAGCAUUCAACAAAUUCCCCCGUUUAAGCCAAGAAAAUCCAAGGAGUGGACCCCAGCUGAGGUGGUGCCGCCCGAACAGACCCACCAUUUGACGAUCGGGCCUGGAGGGGGCGCCGAGUGGGCCAAACGCCUCAAAGAGGAAUCCGACAUACAUCGAAGUACUGACUGCAUUACCCCUAAAGACGCCUCUAGUUCUGAUUCAGACCUGUUGAAAAGUAGCCCGGUGUGGCCGCCGCGCCCGCGGUCCCCGCCCCAGCCGCCCAACCGGGCACGCCCCGCCCCCGCCGACUCCUCCCUCAGCGACAGCGCUCGCAGCGUGUCGAGUCAGGAGGCGGCGGACGAGGCGGCCCGCGCGGCCGAAGAACUAGCAGCGAAGAAGACGAGAGUCAAGCAAAGCCUAAUGAAACGAGCCCGUUCUGUGGCCAUUUUCUCGCUGAAGUUGAAGGAGCGUCGCGCUAGGGAGGCGCAGGAGAAGGCGGCGAACAAGCCGGUGACUCCGACUGCGCCGUUGCCGCCGCCGCAGUGUGGAGGCGGCGAGUUGUCGUGCAUACCCAUCGAAAAGCUCAUUCAACUGGAGGAUGUGAGACGCAACGUACGGCCUAACCAAACCGGAACUUUGUAGCAACUUUGCUCGCAUUCCUCCUACUCAGUCGUCGUGUAAGCAUUCUUUAUUUAAGAAAUGAAAAGUAGAAAUUUGUUUUAUCGACACGAACUUGCAUGUUUUUCAAUUUCAAUCGGGUGAAAGAGUAUUCCGUGAAUCGAGCAAUAAUAGUUUAAAACGUUUAAAAAUCAAACAGAUUGCAAUGCCCGUUUAUGAAACGAUGGUAAGCUGAUUUUUAGAUAUUUAAACUUUAAUGUUAAUAGUUACAUAAGAUUGUUUUUAAAUUAUUUUUUAUAAUCUGUAGAUUGUAUGUUAUCCUCACGUAGCGGUAAGACUGUAACAAUUAAUAAUUAGUGAAUAGGUCGGCUGGAGUUUUGCUUGGUUGCGUAGCCGCUGUAGUUUCGUUGGGUUCAUUGUAGACCCCCUAAUCCCUGGAGUUAUUAGUUUCUAUAUUUUGACCACGUUUAGAGUAAAGUUCGUCCAGUAUAUUGUAAUGCAUUGCCUUUUCAUGCGGCUAGUGUGACCCCACGAAGUGUAGAAAAUGACGACCGGAGCAACCCUGGCCUCCACCUAGUGUUUGUUUAGUCUGCCGUCCGCUUUGUCCCGGCUAACGCCUCUAAUUAACGAACCCGUCUAAAGCCGGUCGCCACUUUCUACCAGUUAUAGUACACUAGGCCGAGUAUUUUUUUGACGUUUUACAUAGCGCUUAUCAAGUCUCAAUAGUGGAACUAACAAUAAGACUGCAAAUAUUUUUGAGAUUUAGUACGAAAAAAUGCCUUGGUAUUAUUGUUAUUAGUUCGAUUUUUAGCCAGAUUUUAACGAUGUGAUUAUCCACAGCAUUAAAAACAAACAAAAAAAUUGACAAAUUCUGUGCUUGUCGAACUUUCAUGUUGCUUAA